GUAGAAGGCACAGCAGGCGUCUGAUUGAGCCAGUUAUUCAUUUGCUGAGUGUUUGUGUUUAUGCAAAGGGGCCUCUUCCUGCAUAUUUAAUCUAGAGUAAGGCAGUGGCUUUUGUUGUGUUGAGCCCACAUACCUUCAGUCCUUCCUCACACUGCCGCCAGCUUGGGAUCCCUGAGAGCCCGCAGGCUUCCAAGCGCCUGUAGUUUCUCCCUUACAAACUCUCAACUUUCUUCCGUUGUGUGAAAAUUGCCUCUCCGGCCCCAAAGCUUUCCUUCCUCAGCAUGAACGGGGUAAGAAGUGACCUUUUGAGGUGACUAUACCUGAAGAUUGCUUUCCGGAAGCCAAAAAAGGUUUUUGAGUCAUGAUGCAAGAAUCUGGGACUGAGACAAAAAGUAACGGUUCAGCCAUCCAGAACGGGUCAAGCGGCGGCAACCACCUGCUCUCGUGCGCCGGGCUUCGCGAGGGGCGGUCCAACGGGGAGACGCCGGCCGCGGACGCGGGGGCGGCCGACCUCGCGCACGUGCAGCAGCAGCAGCAGCAGCAGCAGGUACUGUGCCCGCGCCGCGCGCCCCCGGCGCCGCGCGCCCACACACCCGCUCCCCUUCCGCGCUCGCCCGCUCGCACGGCUUCGGGCCCGGCCCGGCCGGCCGCCUGGCCGUCAGCGGCACCUAGGAGCCCGCCCGUGGGCCCGAGAGGCCGCUUCUCAAGCCCUCGGGAGUCCAGUGUUAACCGUUGUUAA